AUGCCAUCCACGACAGUUUCCUCGCGCGUCUCUCGCAGUGGCGCUAUCACGAAACCGACCUCCAAGUCCUAUUCUCCACCGCAGAGGCCGUCGGCUGGCAUACGAGCCCGAGCCGAACGUAUGCUUAAACAGUUGCAAGAAGAUGACCCUCUGAAUAGCUUGAAGACGACGCAGAAAUCGAAGUCGAACGAGAUCCAGAAGAGUAGCCAUCGCAGUCCAUCAAGCCCGUCGAGCAUCUCCCCGCGAAGACGCGCCCCUUCCAAGAAGGUCGCCAAAUCACCCGGCGAGGAGAAGAGGCUGCGGAAAUACAGGGCGAAGCCGCCGGGGUCUUUCCUGACCAAACUUGAACGCGCAAGGACACAGCGCAUGGUCGUUCUCGGUCGCACGCGAGGCACAGUGGACGGUGCGCCGUACGAGGAGAUUGAAAUCGUAGGAUCUACCGGCAACGUCUACCAGGUCACCGUCUCGCGCGAACCUGUCUGCACGUGCCCGGAUUCCUACAAGGGCAACGAAUGCAAGCACAAAGUCUACGCCCUCCACACCGUCCUCAGGGCCCCCGAACACCUCCAGUAUCAGCUUGCGCUCCUGACCUCCGAGCUCGAGGACAUCUUCGCCAACGCUCCACCGCUCCCCGGCGAUGUCUGUUCAGACACCAACUUGAACGGGAAGCGGAAGCCCGCGGACGGGGAAUGCCCAAUUUGCUACAUGGAUCUGGAUGAAAGUCACAAUAGGCUCGUCUGGUGCAAGGCGCAGUGUGGGCACAACAUGCAUAAAUCCUGUUUCGACCAGUGGGCAGCCACUCGAGCGGGCGGGCAGGUCAGCUGCGUUUACUGUCGGGCCCCUUGGGAGAUGGACAUUGGAGAUGCCGCCACUGUCAAAGCCGCCGGCGCGUACAGUGCCGAAGGAUACAUCAAUGUAGCUGAUCAGUUCGGCUUGUCGAGGGCGCGCGACUACUCGGGCUAUUACCAACCCUGGGCACGGAGGCAUUUUGGACAUGGCUGGUAA